AUGCACAGGAUUCACUUAGAGGAUGAGUCUAGACCAGUAAGGCAACCCCAAAGAAGACUCAACCCUACCAUUCUAGAUGUAGUGAAGAAGGAGGAAGGUGUAGUUUUAGGACAUCUUAUUUCUGAGAGGGGAAUACAGGUUGAUAAGGCAAAAAUUGAUGUUAUUUCCUCUCUAUCUUACCCCGCGUCUGUGCAGGAGGUGCGUUCUUUCCUUGGACAUGCAGAUUCGUGUAAGGAGGCGUUAGAGGAGUUGAGGAGGAGACUCACCACAGCACCUACCAUGCAGCCACCAGAUUGGGAGCUUCCCUUCGAGUUGAUGUGUGACGCCUCUGAUUUUGCACUUGGAGCUGCAUUAUCUCAGAGAGUCGGUAAAUUUCCGCAUGUUAUUGCCUAUGCCUCUAGAAAUCUCGAUGCAGCCCAGAUAAAUUAUAUCACCAUUGAGAAGGAGCUGUUGGCUAUUGUUUUUGCACUAGAUAAAUUUCGUUCUUAUCUGCUUGGCUCCAAAAUUACUGUUGCUGAUCACUUGAGCCGUAUUGAAGGGACUGUUGACCCUUUACCUAUUCGUGAUAGUUUUCCUGAUGAUUAUUUAUUUGCUCUGAACUCUAUAGACUCUAUUCCCUGGUUUGUUGAUAUUGUGAAUUAUUUGGUUACUUCUGUUGUACCUCCUCAUGCAUCUAGAUCCCAGAUUGAUAAAUUGAAAAGUAAUGCUAAAUAUUAUGUCUGGGAUGAUCCAUAUCUGUGGAAAUUUUGUAAUGACCAGGUCAUCCGUCGAUGUGUUCCUAACCACGAAUUUCAAGACAUUCUGUAUUUUUGUCAUGGCACAUCUGUAGGAGGCCAUUUUGGACCGCAGAGGACAGCCAGGAGAGUUUUGGACAACGAAUUCUAUUGGCCCACCAUUUUCAGAGAUGCAGACAGAUUUUUUGAGAGCUGUGAGAUAUGCCAGAAGGUGGGAGGGACUAUUACUAGGAGACAUGAGAUGCCUCAACAGCCUAUUAUUUUCUGUGAGAUCUUUGAUGUUUGGGGCAUUGAUUUUAUGGGUCCUUUUCCUAUUUCUACGGGAUACUCUUACAUAUUGCUUGCUGUUGACUAUGUGUCUAGAUGGGUGGAGGCAAAGGCCACAAGAACUAAUGAUUCUAAGGUUGUUUUGGAUUUUCUCCGUACUCAUAUUUUUUGCAGGUUCAGUGUGCCUAAGGCUGUCAUCAGUGACCAGGGAAGUCAUUUUUGUAACAGGACCAUUGCACCAUUGUUCCAGAAGUAUGGGGUUACACAUAGAGUUGGUACACCAUAUCAUCCCCAAACUAAUGGGCAACCUGAGGCCGGAAUUGAAAGAAAGCUCCAGCUUCAGGAGCUUGAUGAAAUACGCUUGCAAGCCUAUGAGAAUUCUAGAUUGUAUAAAGAGAAAGUUAGGAGAUUUCAUGAUAUACAUAUUCUGAGGAAAGAGUUCUCUGUAGGCCAGAAAGUGUUAUUGUUUAACUCUCGAUUAAAAUUGAUUACAGUUGAGAUUCAGGAUGAAGCUACCAGCAGGACUUUUAAAGUCAAUGGUCAUCAGCUGAAACUAUUCCAGGAGAGUAGACCAGUGGAGCCGGCUCAGAACAUAGUUGAUUUAUCCUUAGUGGAGCCUACUUUGAUGGAGGAUGUGUCUUCUUAG